GUUUCCAGGAUAAUCAUAAUAGAUGGCGCUCAACAGAGAUUAUAUUAAAGUCGGCGACCAUUAGAUGGCAUUACAUGUUCAUCGUUGUUGUUGAUCAAGACACGUCUGAUCAAAAAAAAUGACCACCGAAAAACGUAAACAACCUGAAUGGAAAAUUCCACAAACAAAAAAUGUACGAAAAUUGGAACUAUACAAUUCAUUGACACGUAAUAAAACGGAAUUCAUUCCAAUCGAACAACAUCGUUUAACAUGGUAUAAUUGUGGUCCAACUGUUUAUGAUUCAUCACAUAUGGGACAUGCAAGAAGUUAUAUAACAUUCGAUAUAAUACGUCGUGUAUUGCAAAAUUAUUUUGGUUAUAAAAUAUUUUUCGUCCAGAAUAUUACCGAUAUUGAUGAUAAAAUCAUACGAAGAGCAAGACAAAAAUAUUUAUUUGAAAAAUAUCUAGAAGAAUUUGAACAACAAAAUAAACAAAAAGAAAAUCAUCAUGAUCAAAUUAUUGCCGACGUAAAUGCUGCAUUGAAUGAAAUUAAAUCGAAAUUCGAACAUGAAACGGAUCAGGAUAAAAAAUCAAUGCUGAAUAAAUUAAUUCAUCGAACUGAAUCAAUGAUAAAUGAUAAUUCAACAAAUAUUGAACAAAUGGUACGCGGUGUUUCGGAUAUUCUUUCCAUUUGGUUGGAUCAAAACCGUGGGCAUGAAGUUUGUGAUCCGGAUAUUUUUAUUUCAUUACCUAGAUUUUAUGAAAAUGAUUUCAAUCAAGAUAUGUUAGCCUUGAAUAUUCUACCACCGGAUUGUGUAACCCGUGUUUCUGAAUAUAUUCCAGAAAUUAUUGAUUAUAUUCAGAAAAUUAUCGAUAAUGGUUAUGCUUAUCAAUCGAAUGGUUCAGUUUAUUUUGAUACGGAAAAAUUUGCUCGAACACCCAAACAUUAUUAUGCAAAAUUAGUACCCGAAGCUUAUGGUGAUACAAAAGCAUUAGCUGAAGGUGAAGGUGAUUUAUCAUCAUCAACGACAACGACAACGGCGAAUAUCAUUAAUGAAAAACGAAAUCAAAAUGAUUUUGCUUUAUGGAAAAAUUCGAAACCAGGUGAACCAUGGUGGCGAUCACCUUGGGGUAAUGGUCGUCCUGGUUGGCAUAUUGAAUGUUCAGUUAUGGCAACAGAAAUUAUUGGUAAACAAAUGGAUAUACAUUCGGGUGGUAUUGAUUUAAGAUUUCCACAUCAUGAUAAUGAAAUGGCACAAUCAGAAGCUUAUUUCAAUACCGGUGAACAAUGGGUUAAUUAUUUUCUACAUUCAGGACAUUUAACCAUUCAGGGUUGUAAAAUGUCAAAAUCAUUGAAAAAUUUUAUUACAAUUAAAGAUGCAUUGAAAACAAUUACUGCUCGACAAUUACGUUUAGUAUUUCUGUUACAUUCAUGGAAAGAUACAUUGGAUUAUAGUGAUAAUUCAAUGAAUGAUGCACUGCAUUUUGAAAAAAAUUUAAAUGAAUUUUUCCUUACAGUCAAAGAUAUUAUCAGGCAAAGUCAAAAAAUGACAAUGGAAAAACGAUUAGUUAAAUGGGAUGAUUUGGAAAAAAAUCUUUUUGAAAAAUUCAUCGAUCAUGUUGAUCGAAUUGAUCAAGCAUUACAUGAUAAUAUUGAUACAAAAAAAUCCUGUGAAGAAAUUCGUCGUUUAUUAAGUAUAACGAAUAUUUACAUACAGAUGAAACAAAAUCAAUCAAAUCCAAUUCUGUUGCGUAUAAUUGCACAAUAUCUAACCCAAAUAAUGGAUAUAUUUGGUUGUUCUAGUUUUUUUGAUGAACAACAAUCGAUUGGUUUUCAACGAUCACUCAACAGCAACGAUGAAUCAGGCAACAAAGAAGAAAUAAUUCUACCAUUUAUUGAAACGAUUGCAAAACUUCGUGAUGAAAUUCGUAGUUUAGCACGUGAUUUAAAAAAUAAACAAUUAUUUGAACUUUGUGAUCGUAUACGUGAUGAUAUUUUUCCCGAAUUAGGUGUACGAAUGGAAGAUUUAGAAACUACCGGUGAUGGUGAUGGUAAUGGUCAACAACAAUGGCGUUUAAAAUUAGUCGAUCGAGAAAUAUUAUUACAAGAACGUUUAAAACGUAUUGAAGAACAGGAACAAGCUAAAUGUUUAGCUGAAGAACAACGGCAAAAGAAAUUAUUGGAGCAACAAAAGAAAAAAGCAGAAUCUGAACAGCCACCAAUCGAUCCACGGCAAAUGUUUCGUUUAGAAAUGGAUAAAUAUUCCAGAUUUGAUGAUAAUGGUAUACCGACACAUGAUCACGAAGGUCAAGAAUUAACAAAAAGUGCAAUGAAAAAAAUCGCCAAACGUUUUCAAGCACAGGAGAAAAAAUAUAAUGAUUAUUUGAAAAAGAAAAGUGAAAAGAACUGAAAAACUAAAAAUUU